GGGGUCCGAGCAUGGCGGGCGCUGCGCGGCGGGUCGAGUACCUGGCGGGCUUCGGCUGCCCGGCCGGGGGCCUGGCGGCGGGCCGGCCCCGCGUGCUGCGCCACGAGGCGGAGAUCUUCGUGAGCACCGGGCGCGAGUUCGUCUACGCCUACGACCAGGGCGGGCGGCGGCUGAGGGUGGUGUACAAGUUUCCAGACCAAGUGUGGCACCUGGAGUUCCUGGCCCUUCGCAGGGCGCUCUACGUCCUGUGUGCUGGCAAGGGCGUUUACUGCCUGUCGGUGGAUCCUCCGGGCAGGUCUGUGGACCAGGCUGAGCAGGAGGAUGAGGACAGUGAGCUCCCUUCCCGCGUUGUUGCUGUGGACACGGGUGCCUUUGUACUCCCCGACGCCACGCUGUGUGCCUUCACGGUGCUCGAUGACAUGCUCGUCACCCUGGCCCGGGGCCCAGCACGGUGGAAGAUGCAGCUGUUUGCACAGCGCUUUGCAGGGGAGGAACCCAGGCUGGGACCCCAGCUGGGCGAAGCGGAGUUCUGCGCCCUGCCAGCCAGGAGCCCUGGGCAGCAGCUGGCCCCCCGCUUCCUCCCAGUGCUGUGCUGCUUGGCCCUGCAUGACCGCCUCCGGGGCCCUGGGGGCUUCACGCUGCAGCAGGCCCUCUUCGGGGUACUCUUUGGAGCUGAUGCCACCCUCCUGGAGUCGCCCGUGAUCCUCUGCGGCUUCCCCAACGGCCAGCUCUGCUGCGCGGUCCUCAAGACCCUGGCUGCCUCUGGGACAGCCCCGGACGUCCCAAAGUUGUUCGUCAAGAUUCUGCAUCACCUGGAGGAGCCUGUCGUCUUCCUGGGAGCCUUGAGGACAGAGCCGCGGGCAGAGGAGGGGCCACUGGGCGAGGACGCGCCCUCUGACUGCUUGGUGGUGCUCGGUCACCACGGCCGGACGCUGGCCGUCAAGGCCACCUGGGACAGGGCAGGGAACCCCGUGCCAGACCUGCAGGAGAGCCGCCUCCCCGGGCCCGUGCUCUGCGCUGCCUGUGGCGGGGGCGGCCGCGUGUACCACAGCACCCCCUCGGACCUCUGCGUGGUGGACCUGGCUCAGGGCAGGGCCCCCUCAGGCCCUGCACAGCCCGACGGGGGCCCGGGAGGCCUGCCUUCUCCGCUCUGUCCAGCCAGCUUGGACAUCUGCAGCGUCGUCGCCCUUUCUGUGUCGCCCAAGGCUCCCAAAGGUGGCACCGAGCUCCUGGCCCUGUCGGCCAAAGGCCGCCUGGUGACCUGCAGUCUGGAGCAGAGCUCUGAGGUGCCUCGCCCGGCCCCGGUGACGGCAGCUAAAGCCGGCCAGAAAAUAAAGGAGUUACUCUCUGGGAUUGGUAAUGUCUCUGAGAGAGUGUCUUCUCUGAAGAAGGCGCUGGACCAGCGGAACAGGGCGCUGACUUGCCUCAACGAGGCCAUGAAUGUAAGCUGUGCUCUGCUGUCGCGCCAGGGCGGCCCCCGGCCCAUCGUGUGCACCAUCUCCACCGCCUGGAGCCGCCUGCCACCACGCGACCUGCUGGUGGCCACCUGCCUGCUGGAGAACCGCAGCACCCACAGCCUUGGCCGGGGCUGGGCCCUGUGCCUCCAGGUGCGCCCCAGCACCUGCACCCCAGAGCUGGGCCCGGCCAGCCCAGCCCUCACCUACACCGCCCCCCUGGACCAGCUCAGCCCUGGCAGCCAGCAGGAGGUGACAGUGACCCUGGGCCCGGGCGAGGACGGUGCGCUCAACCUGCCCAUCACCAUCUCCUGUGCACUCUUCUACAGCCUGCAGGAGGUCAUGGGGGCGGUGCUCACCCCCUCGGAUGCUCUAGAGCACCCCUUUUUGGAGGAGUGUCCCCCAGACAUCCUGUCAGAGCAGGAUGGCAUCUGCCUGCCCCUGGGUGAGCACACGGUGGACCUGCUGCAGUGCCUCCGCUUCCCUGGCCUGGCCAGGCCCAGCACGCAGGCCCCUGGCAUGCAGGGCCCUGCCAGCGACCCUGUGGACACCUUCCUGGGUACCCUCCGGAGGCCGGGCAGUGAGCCCGCGGGGCCCUCCUCGCUGCGAACCCAGUACCUGCCCCCGUCGGUGGCCUCCAUCCGUGUGUCAGCCGUGCUGCUCCAGGAUGCCCUGGGGGCUGGGUGCACAGGUGCGUCUCUCUGCUGUGCUACGCUGCGGUGGCUCCUGGCCGAGAACGCCGCCGUGGACGCCGUGAGGGCCCAGGCGCUGUCGUCCGUCCAGGGAGUGGCCCCAGACAGCGGGGAAGUCCACCUCACCGUCCGCGAGGUGGCCGUGACGGACCUGUCCCCCGCGGGCCCCAUCCAGGCCGUGGAGAUCCAGGUGGAGAGCGCCUCACCAGCCAACCUGUGCCAGGCACACCACGCCCUGGUCAGCCGCAUGCAGACGGUGGUCGCGGCGCAGGCCGCCCGUGGCUCCAGCCCGCCCGAGCUCCGCCUGCAGCAGCUGCGCCAGACACUUGCCCGUCACGAGACGCUGCUCAGGGAGGUGCAGGCCCUGCGGGACCAGCUGUGUGCAGAGGACACGGUGCAAGCCUGUGCAGCCGCCGAGCAGCUCCUGCAGGUGUACGGGCAGCUGCGCCACCCAGGCCUCCUCCUGCUGUGACACCGCGCACCUGCUCCUGCUCGCCAGCCAGC